GCCACGGCAAUCCCCAAGAUGGGUGAACGUGUGUGCGCUUUUUUUAUUUGACUAAAACAUAGCAGAAACAUGAUUUCUGAGCUCAGUGUCAAUGUGUAGAUGUCCUUCUCCCUCUUUCCUGUCAUGAGUUUCUUGUACAGACAAUUACUGAAUGUUUAUUCAGUUACUGUCUCCAUUAACUCAUCAUAUAAUAUUAAAAACAUUAUAGUGCCAAUAUAUAAUUAGUACCAAUAGCUUAGUAUCAACAGUUACCUCAUAAUUUCAUAGUUAACACAAAUACCAUACAGCUAAGUGUUACCCAGUACACAGAAAAUCUGUUCAUGUGCCAAAAUGAUUGACACAUGUAUGUGUGUGUUUGCAGUUUGUGUUCAUGCAUUUCAAUUAGUUUGUUUACAAGUGGUGGAAGGUAAAGUGUCCCACAGUCCUAUUUUCAAUCCAUUAAUUGAGAGUCCAGAAUGACUUAUGCACAACAAACAUGAUGAAAGCUGCUUCUGCAGAUCAGUGACUCAACCUGCUGUCACUCAUGAAGAAGUGGGCAGGGCUGCAGGGGAGAAUAUGAGAAUAGUGAGCUCUGGAGCAGGAAGCAAGAGGUAAUUUUCUUUGAGCCCAGUAAAGAUGCUUAAAAAGGAGAGUAUCACUCUGCCGGAGGUAAAGAGACACAGAGAGCCCAGUAAGAGGGGUAAAGAGAGUUUAGAAACCACACACAGAGGGAUAGCAGAGAAAACAGUAGCAUGGCCUGGGUUGCUCGUCGAAUCUAUUUGCAUGUCAUAGUUUUCCUUAUUAUUCUGGAAAUAGGACAUGCCACUGAAAAGGACAUCAGAGCGCCUGGAGCUACAGCCCCAGGAGAUAUCAUUAUUGGAGGAAUCUUCCCCAUUCAUGAAGAUGUAGAGAAACAGAACAACUCAUUUGCACCUCACCUUCAGCCGUGUGUCAGGUUUGAUGAAAAAGGCCUGACAUCAGCUCUGGCUAUGAUCAAUGCAGUAGAGAUCAUGAACAAAUCCCCUCUGCUGGCUGCUCUUAACAUCACUCUGGGCUACCAGAUCCAGGACUCCUGCUCUGAUGUCAGCACAUCUCUGAGGGCCACAGCGUACUUCACCCAGCAGACCCGCUGCUACACAGGAGGCAACGCCUCCGCAUGUGGCCAACUAGUCGUGGCCAUUGUAGGAGCCUCUCACUCUGAAAUAUCUGUUGCUAUAGCCCGGCAAAUGACCCUCAUGAUGAUUCCACAAAUAAGUUAUUCAUCAACGGCUGUGAUUCUGAGUGAUAAGAGUCGCUUCCCUGCCUUCAUGAGGACCAUUCCUAAUGACGAGCAUCAGACAGCUGCCAUGGUCAGACUGCUCAGUUCCUAUGGCUGGAACUGGGUGGGAAUAGUUACCACAGAUGGAGAAUACGGACGAUCUGCACUUGACAAGUUUGUGUCCCAGGCCUCAGAGAAGGGGAUCUGUGUGGCCUUCAAAUUAAUUCUUCCUCAGUCUGUAACCAGUCAGGAUGUGUGCUCUGCUAUCAGCCAGGCUGCCACAACCAUCUUCAAGCAUCCUAAGGUACAGGUGAUCGUGUCAUUUGCUAAGCCGUUUCAUAUGAAGCAGCUUUACCAAGAGCUGAGGAAACAGGUGCUGACAGCAGGACAGAACAUGGAGUCAAUGAGAAAAGUGUGGGUGGCCAGUGACGGCUGGUCCUCCUCCAGCUCUGUGCUGGAAAACUUAACCCUGAAGGACAUAGGACACAUCGUAGGUUUCACCUUCAAAAGUGGAAACCUAUCAUCCUUCAGUGAGUAUCUGAGCAGGCUGGAGGCAGACAGACACAACUACACAGGGAAUAACCUCUUCCUGCAAGAGUUCUACAAGCUGCCGUCCAAAGCUGUGAAGACCCUCAGAGAACACACUCAUGCUGACACUACCUACAGUGUUGAGAUGGCUGUGAGCGCCAUCGCUCAGGCUGUGGCCUCUAUCUGCAGGAGCAGAAACUGCAAAACACCAGGCACACUGCAACCCUGGGAGGUGCUACAAGCUCUGUGGAAGCAGGAGUUUAACCUUGGAGGGAAGAACUAUACGUUUGAUGACAGAGGAGACAUCAACCUGGGUUAUGAUGUGACGAUGUGGAGGUCACAUGAAGGGAACAUUCAUGUCCAUGAUGUUGUGGCUGAGUAUCACCUAGACAAAAAAAACUUCACCUACACCAACCACAACACCUCUGAACAGCUGCUGGUCCUGAGGCACUUCAUCUCGAAAUGCUCCAAUAGCUGCGUCCCUGGAGAGUUCAAGAAAACAGCAGAGGGUCAACAUACCUGUUGUUACCAGUGUGUCAACUGUACAGAGAACUACUACUCUAAUGACACAGAUAUGGACCAGUGUCUGAGCUGCGACACAAGCACAGAGUGGUCUCCUGAAGGCAGCUCCAACUGCCUGCCCAAAGCCCUGCUCUUCUUCUCCUGGCAGGAUGGCUUUGCUGUGGUGCUCUUGACAUUUUCAGCCCUGGGCAUCCUCCUGGCUCUCCUGGUGUCUGCUCUGUUUCUACAUCAGCGUGACACUCCUGUAGUGAAGGCUGCUGGGGGUCCACUGAGCCAGGUCAUCCUGUUCUCUCUGGUUGUCAGUUUCAUCAGCUCCAUGCUGUUUGUAGGCCGACCCAACAGCUUCCAGUGUAAGGCUCGACAAGUGCUCUUUGGCAUCAGCUUCACUCUGUGUGUCUCCUGCAUCCUGGUUAAGUCCCUGCAGAUCCUGCUGGCCUUCCAGUUCAACCCCGCGCUGCAGGAGGUUCUACGGAGGCUCUACCAGCCUUUUGUCAUCGUCAUUGUCUGUGUGGCCUUACAGGCAACCACCUGCAUAUGCUGGCUGGUCCUAAAAAGCCCAUUUAAUGACAUCAUCAAGUCUCCAACCACUCUGCUGGAAUACUGCCAUGAGGGCUCAUAUUUGGGCUUUGGGGUGAUGUUGGGCUAUAUAGCCAUCUUGGCCUUUGUGUGUUUCAUCUGUGCCUUCAAAGGGCGUAAAUUACCACAGCAGUACAACGAGGCGAGGUUCAUCACCUUCAGCAUGCUGCUCUACCUCAUCUCCUGGCUGCUCUUUGUUCCUGUUUACGUUACCACUUCAGGAGUGUACCUGCCCGCUGUGGAGAUGGUGGUCAUUCUCAUUUCCAAUUAUGGCAUCCUUAGUUGUCAUUUCUUCACAAAGUGCUAUAUAAUCCUUUUUAAGAGGGAACAAAACACAAAGAGCGCUUUCAGGAAGGAACUGUAUGAAUAUUCCAGUAAAACCGCACAGUCCGUCCCUAUGUCUGAAAGUUCAGUGUCAGAGCAACAGACCAGCAGUCAGCAUUGCAUCAUCAGUGCUCCGUCCCUCUCCCUGCCUGCAGCCACUUCUCUCAAACCUGAUGUGGUGACAAACUGCAGAGUCUGGACCACCUGCACAAGUUUGCACAGAGGUUCAAUCACACGACACCACUGCCUCAGAAGAAGCACCAGCAUAUAAAGUGGCACUAUUUGGCAUGUCCCAGUAGCCCACUGGUUAAGACACAUUCCACAUAACCACAAGGUCAGUGUUUCGAUUCUGGCAGCAGAACCUUGUUGCAUGUCGCCUCCUUGUCUCUCUCUUGCCCUUGUUUCCUGUCUAUUCUCUAAUGUCACUGUAAUAAAUGCUUAAAAUGCACCAAAAAUAUAUAUUUAAAAAAACUGUCACUAUUUAACAUGGGUACAUUUUACAGGACCUGAGUCCAUUUCUGUGUUUUAAGUCUAUUUUUGUAUCUACUAUUUGUCUUCAUGACAUCCUAUGUGACCCUGGCCAACAACCAGAGUAGUGGAAUGGUGUUCUCUGAUUGGAGUGUUUCAGAAAGCAGAUGUUACUGUACAUUAUGAAAGAUCAUGAAAAAAGGCCAUUUUUACAAUUUACAAUUAAAAUUUCUUUUAGCAGACACUUUUAUCCAAAGCGGCAAACAUCUGAGAGCUGAUACAACACAAGCAGGGAUCUAGUCAGGAGAGAACAACAUGAGUAAGUGCCAUAAAACUAAGUUUGAGUCUGAUAGGACAUAGGUGCCAACAGGCAGUGUACAGAGGCAAUGCAUAGAGUACAUAAAAGUAGAUUUUAAAAAAUAAUAUUGUUAUUUAAAUUUUAACAUCAACAUAUGGACAUAUUGAACAUAUACAUUAACAUUUAGACAUACACAGUUUAUAGAUCAUUUACAACUGUGAAUUUCUGAAAAUAAGAGCUCCUUAAACAAGUAGUUUGUGUCUUUCCCUUUGCAUUUCCCUUUCGAUAUACUGUAAGUCUUUCUCUCCAAAGUAAGACAGACUGUUACAUUCAUAUUUUGAUAGAGGGUAUGUCCAUAUUCUUGUAGAGGAGUGCAUUUAUCCUCCUGGCCUCACGUCCAAAGUCACUGAACAACGAGUGAUCAAAAGUGACAACAUAGGCCUUUAAGUAGAGUCUGAAUAUACAGAGUUUGUCUUGAAGAGGAAUUUCUUGCUCCGGCAUAUACGUUCAACAACCUUCUUCCACAAUCACUGUAGCUUUGGCCAUUCCCAAACACCGUUUUCCUCCAUGUGUGCAAUACAAAUAUCUGGAACACAAAGUGUGCAUUGGGUUCUUGUUAACCAUUUGUAUUGUAAUAACUCACAUUUUGUAUUUAUUGACUGUGUGUGGGUCUUGUAAC